AUGUAUUUCAGCAACAGAAGCUACAUGGAUAAAGUAGGGCUUUCCCUAACGUACUUCCUUAUAGGGUAUAUUGGAGUUGCUUCAGGGCCUCUUCUCCUGUGGGAGGACCUGAAAGAGUGGGAAGUAACCCGGGGAAUUCUUGCACUUUUGAAUGCGUUCGUGGUUCUGGACCUGCUUCUUCUCGUGUGUGUGAGCAGAACCCGGGGAUACGUGAGAGAGGAGGAGUACGUCCCCGGGGGAAGGUUCUGCUACGAGUGCAGGAUGGCAAAGCCUGAAAGAGCCCAUCACUGCACUCGCUGCAAAAAGUGCAUCACGAAGAUGGAUCAUCACUGCCCGUGGGUGGGGUCGUGCAUCAAUGCGAGUAACUUGGGGAAUUUCAUUAAGCUUAUUUCCAGCCUAUUUAUAAGCGCAGUUCUCUCCCUGUGCUUGCACAGCUACGUAUUUCGCCUGCGGAUUCGGGAAGUCUACGACUCUGUUGUGAUUAGUCCUUCGAUAUGCCUUAUAUGCGUAAACAUUUUGGUUAUGCUUUUGGCUGGGGUUGGAGUUCUCUUCAUAAUGAUCCGGCAGAUUCGGCUGAUGCUCCUGAAUGAAACGUAUUUGGAGCACCUCCAGGUCAGGAGACUCGAGGAGUUGGGCCUAGAACGGGCAAAGAAUCCGUACAGGAAGAGUCUCCGACAGAAUAUGGGGAGCGUCUUCGGAGGGCCUCUUCACUUUCUCCUGUGCAGGGCUCCAGCGGGUGCUGCAUCCUUCGGGUACAGGAACUACUGGCCUCCCCUUCGCACGGCAAAGUCCAUCUCCUCCAGCCACGUAGAGCUAAAUGCUCUGGUAGGAGGGCAGACGGAGUAG